AUGCCUAAAGCAAUCAUAAGGAGUUACAUUUUUGUUCUCCUCCUGCUAACUAACAAUUUUGUGAUUUCUUUAUAUUAUAUAGAAUGCAAAAUAUUUGAUGUUAUUUAUGUGAAUAACUCAAGUCUUAGAUUAGAAACAAAGCCAAAUGGAAACUGCAAAUUAAAGCCCAAACAUAAAAAAUAUGAUUUUAAUAAUUUACAUAAAAGAGGAACAAAUGUAUGUUAUCGAACAGGACAUGAAUGCAAUGGAAAUAAAAUAAAAAGAAAACUUUACACCAUUCAAUUCAAUAACAGUUUUAAAAAGUUAUUUGAGAAGCAUACCAAAUUGGAUUAUGCUAAAGACAGGAUUAAAUGUGAACAUUUUAAAAAUCAUAACAAAUCUAUUGAAGGGUAUCUUCACAGUUCACCCACCCCUAACCAAAAUGGUGUGCGCAGAGGAGAGUAUAUGAACGAGAAAAAUUCACAAUCCCCAAAUAAGAAGUCUAUAAAAAAUGAAAAAAAUAAAGGAUAUGAAAAAUAUACAAAAAAGGUGCAGAAAAAGGUACAGAAGGAAGAGAUCACAAAAAAUAUAACACAUUUGUGUGGUAGUAAAAACGUAAUCUCGUCAAAACAUAAAAGGUGCUGGUUCGUCAGAAGAGAAGGAACAAACUCUGCGAAAUUUUUGAAAUCCCUUUUCAUCUACCUGUGUGCUAAAAAUAGAAAGAAAAAAAGAAGCAGGAACUUCAAGAAGCACCUAAGGAAGUAUGAAGAAUUAUAUCAAAAAUUUAACCCCCAAAUGGGAGAAGAAGGUGAAGAAGGAGAAGACAAGGAGGAUGAAAUUUCAGAAAAUUGUGAAAGAAAUGUCUCAAAUGCUACAAUUAACGAAUGGUACUUAAGUAAUAAUGAGAAAAAAUACAACACGACUUUAAUGUAUGAUUACUUAUCAAAUAUGCACAAUACAGAAUUUCAAGACGUAAAAAGUGUAAAUAAUUUUAUUAAAAAUAAUGAAUUAAUUGAAAAAGAAGAAUGGGAGAAGAAAAAAAAAAACUACUUAACUUAUAAAUAUAAAUUUAAAUAUAUACACCCAAUUAAAAGGAUAGAAGAUUAUUAUGAAUAUAAAUAUCAUAUACCCAAAUUGAUGAUCUAUGAUGAAGACAUUUCGACAGAACCUAAAUUUAUCCCAUCUAAUUAUAAGUCUCCAAAAUGUUACAAUAACUCUCCAAUCAAUGCCCUAACCACCAGUGGGUUCAGUGCUCGUAACAUAGAUACAUUUGGAAAAGAAAGAAACAAAAUAUACUCAUUUAAUACACCAAAUGAUGUUAAAAGAAACAUGCAUUUUAAUGAUUUAAUGUUAAUUUCUUCGUCCUACAAUCAGCAUUUCUUUCCAAAUUUAAAUUUUCUCUUAAAUUUACACACCUUGCAAAUCUUGAUACGAGAUAAAACUGCUAUAGAAACGGAUUACAUAAUUGACAAAUUUGAUCAGUUAAAAAAAAAACUAAUACAAAUGAAUGACACUAUUUCGAAAAAGAUGCAAAAUUCUCUUAAACCUCUUAACCAAUUUGGUGCUGAAAAAAAAGCUCUUCACGAUACUUUGAUGGAAAACUCAGAAUUGAAGUUGGGGAUAAAAAGUAGCAGCAAUGAUACAGAAGGUACUCUCACCAAUCCUGUAACUACCAACGUAAAUGAUACAAAUCCAAGAAUAGAAGACCAAAACAGAGUUGAAAAUGUAGAAACUCAGCACGAUAGACAAAACCAAGACGACACAAUUGAUGAAGAAAUUGCUAGAAACCUUACCAACAAAAAAAAUUUAUUUGAUGAUCAAAUUGAAAAGUUCAAAGAAAAAUACAGUGAAAAUAUUUUAGAAGAUGCAGAAUAUAUUAAUUUGUGGAAAUAUGACAAAAACGGGGAAAUAAUAGAAAAUGUGAACAGCAUACCUAUACCGAAAAUUUACAUAAAUAUUGAUGAUCCAAAAUAUUGCAUGUGGAAAAUUUUACAGAAUUCAGGAAAAAGUGCAUUUGCUGAAGUUCCAACACCAAACCGAAAAUUAGAAGCCUGGAGACAACAAGUAAAUCUAAAAAUCUUUUAUAAACAAAAUUUUGAUAACAGCAUAAGCUUAAGAAAAAUAUCCAAAGAAGAAUUAACGGAUUUUAAAAUGAAAGUAGUCCAUACAACGUACCUCAAAGGGGAUGUUAAUAAUAUACAGAAAAAAAUAUCCGAAGAAAAUAGUCCAAAUAGUGAAGAUCUAAAAAAGACAGAAAAUUUAUACAACACGAGCAGCUGUGCAAAUACAGAACAAACACAAGAAAGUAACGAAUUUUACAAAGAAGCAAAAACAAGUGAUAAAAAUACUAUUACAUAUAACAAUCUAACCAAUGAAGAUAAGAAAUCAAGAGAUAACUCUCCCAAUGGUUUAAAGCCACACACAUCAUCUUCAAACAAAAAAUUAAAUGACGAUAAACAGAAUAAUUUUUCCCAUAUUAAUGAAUGCAAAAAUGAAUUUAAAAAAGCAUUUUACACAUUAGUUGUUAGGGACGGAAUAGUGGAUGAAUAUUUAUCCGACGAUAUAACCAUUUUAAAAAGUCUAGAUAAUGAACUGAGGCAAUCAAAUGCACAAAAUACAGAAGAUGGAAAUAACCACCUUAAAUCUUCCAAUAAUGAAAACUCGGAAGAGAAAAAUAAAAAAACAAAAAUAUUUGUGGGUAGUUUUUUUAACAUAAAAGAUGCUGAAAUAGAAUAUUUAAUUAACAAUGAAUUGUACUUCAUACCUGAACAUUCAAAUUGGUAUAAAAAAAAUACACAACCUUUUGUUAGGGGCCAAAUAGGAAAACAGUCUAGAAAAUUUGACAACGAUUAUCCAAUUUAUGAUUACAGAAAAAGCGAUUUUGGGAUGGCCAAAUUUUCCUCUCUAAAUCUUGCUUCAAUAAAAGAUUGUGCAGUGAUUUAUCUAGAUAAAAACAUAGACCUAAGUGAUAAAUUUAUUCAUGUCAUAUUCUUAGCAACAUCUAAGAAUGAAGACUAUCAGAUAAAUAACAAAGAGGCAGAUUAUUCUGUUUAUGAACAUGCACCAACUAAUGAAUCUUCACAAAAAAUAAAUAAAUUACUACCGAACGAAAAGAUUCAUAAUAACCAUAUGAACGAAGAAAAAAAUUCAUCCAUUAAUAAUACCCCUCACAAACUCAGUAGUGUAAACAAAAAGGAGGAACCAAUUUUGGAAAAUGAAAAAAACCAUUAUUCAGAAAAGAAACUGACAGACUAUAUACACAGCCCAAUAACUAACCCUAGAUUAGUAGUUUACAUUAAAGGGAAUAGCAAAAUAAACAUUCAUGAAUCCCAUAUAUCUCUAAACAACAACAAUAGUGGUCUUGUAAAUGCAUUUUCCAGAAUUUAUAUGGAAGAAAAAUCAAACGUUAAACAUACCUUGUCUCAAGAAUUAGGGAAAAAUGUGUGGUAUUUUCACAAUGUUUCAGUAAAAAAUGGACUCAAAGCAAAUUAUAAAUUCGUUGAUGUUCUCAUGGGUAGUCUAUCAUCAAGAGUUAAUUUACAAAUUGAAGGAGAAAAUGGAUGUAAGCAAGAGAGUUACGGAUUAUCAUUGUUACAGAAUAAACAAAACAUUAGCCAAUAUGAAAUGUUUCACCAUGAACAUCCAAAUAUGGAAACUAAUCAAUUAUUUAAAGUUCUAGUCUCGGAUAAAGGUCAUGCUGUUUGGAGAAGUAGAGGCAGAAUUGAACGAAAUGCAAUAAAGGCCAAGUUAAAUACUUUAUGCAGAUCUGUGUUAUUAAAUUUUGGUGCCAGUGCUGUGGCUAUACCAACUCUGGAAAUUAUUCCUAAUGACAUUGAAUGUGCAAAUCAUGGAGCAACCAUAAGUGAUUUAGAAGAAGAACCAGUUUUUUCUUUAAUGACAAGAGGAAUAACUGAAAAAAUUGCUAGGCAAAUGAUGAUGAAAGCUUUUGUUAAUGAAAUUCUUGAACAUAUACCAGAUGAGAACCUCAAGCUUAGGGUAUACGAAAAAGUUUUGAAAUUUUCCUUGAAAUAUAAAAAAACAAUUAUCCCAAAUUUAGAUGCACAAAAAAAAAAUAUAAAUACUCCAUAA